AACAUUUUCUUCUGCUCGUACUUCUCACACCACACCACUUCCAAUCAUCUCCGCGCAUCCAUCCACGCAAAAUGUCGCACCCUACCAUCCUCCUCCGCGCCGAGACCAAGCCAUUGGAGCACCGCUCCUUUGCGCCCUCGACCAUCGCCGCCCUGGUCAAGGACGGCUACCCCGUCGAGGUCGAGCGCUCCUCCACCAAGCCCGAAUUCCGCCGCAUCUUCGAGGACAGCGAGUACGAAGCGGCGGGCGCGACGCUGGUGCCCGAAGGCACGUGGAAGAGCGUGGGCGCGCAGCAGAAGAUGAUCCUGGGUCUGAAGGAGAUCCCCGAGGAGGACUUCCCGCUCGUCAACGACCACAUUGCCUUCUCGCACUGCUACAAGAACCAGGGUGGCUGGCAGCAGGUCCUGGGCCGCUUCCCGCGUGGCGGCUCCACCCUCUAUGACCUUGAGUUCCUGGUCGACGAGCAGGGCCGUCGCGUCAGCGCGUUUGGGUACCACGCCGGCUUCGCCGGCGCAGCAUUGGCUGUCAAGACUUGGGCGUGGCAGCUCGCGCACCCCGGUGAGCAGCUUCCCGGCGUCGAGAACUUCACGAACGGCCGCGGCUACUACAUGAACGAGGACGAGCUCGUCAAGCAGAUCCAGGAAGACGUCGCUGCCGGUGAGAAGAUUGCUGGCCGCAAGCCCUCCGCUCUCAUCAUGGGUGCGCUCGGCCGCUGCGGCCGUGGUGCCUGCGAUCUCUUCGUCAAGGCUGGCCUGCCCGAGAGCAACCUCGUCCGCUGGGACAUCAACGAGACGAAGGAGAAGCAGGGCCCCUACAAGGAGAUUGUCGAGAGCGACAUCUUCCUCAACGCCAUCUACCUCUCCGACCCCAUUCCUCCCUUCGUCAACAACGACACCCUCUCCGCCACCGGCCGCAAGCUCUCCGUCAUUUGCGACGUAUCGUGCGACACGACGAACCCGCACAACCCCAUCCCCGUCUACAGCAUCAACACGACUUUCGACAAGCCCACCGUCCCGGUCGAGAUCAAGAACGAUGCCAACAACGUCCCCAUCUCGGUCAUCUCCAUCGACCAUCUCCCCUCGCUGCUCCCCCGUGAAGCCUCGGAAGCCUUCAGCGAGGGCCUCCUCCCCAGCCUCUUGGACCUCAAGCACAAGGACUCGGCCCGCGUGUGGACCGACGCCAAGAAGCUCUUCCACGAGAAGGUGGCGACGCUGCCGGCCGAGCUGCAGAAGAAGGAGGUCUAAACAACCUGCGCCUGCGUAACUCCUUGGACGGGGCGGCCUGAGCGGGCUGGCUGACUUUGCUGAUUUAGGCAUACUUGAACAAGCGAAAAGAUGCUCGGUUGUAGUAGAUUUGCAUUAGGGCUGGUGUUUUUGGCUUAUGAACGAGGAUGAUGCAUGAGGGAGGUGAAAACGAAAAAGACGAGGGGGAGCGGGCGGGAAGCGGCUCUCUCAAUCAAUGAAUUAAUUGUUUGGAUCGGAUAGAUUCGCCUGCUCCACGCGAUGCCCAUCGCACGUAAAAGUAUAUGACUUGGUCCUUCCGGG